UUGUUUAUUCGUUGUCAAGUUGCUUCUUCAUUUUCAAGUUCUAAUUCAAAAUCUCAAUAUUGUCAUAUCUUAGUGCGGCGAAACGAUACGCUCACUUCUGUUAAAUUGUGUAUGGAAAUGUAGAUAUACACUGUUGCCUUCGAAGAGAUUCGUUCUCGAUUGUCAUUGUUGAUUGUCUUUGAAAAAUGGCAGGUUUACAUAGCAGUGUUUUUCUUGUCAUGGCCACUGGUCAAAUCGAAAUCGCAAGGUUUCCAGAAUUUGAUGAACUGUAUUGCAAAUAUAACUUUGUCUAUGGCCAGGACUGGCUAGUUACAUCAGGCAUAGAAGAGGGCAUUUCUCAAAUCACUCAAAAAAGUCACGACAGUCGACAAGUGUUUGCUUUCAACUUUCCCUUGGAUAUUACGUUCAAGAGCACAAAUCCCUUUGGAUGGCCUCAACUUGUGGUCAGUUGUUAUGGUCCGGACGCUUUCGGACACGAUGUCGUCCGAGGUUAUGGAGCCGUUCAUGUACCUAUUUCUCCUGGAAGUCAUUCUCGGGAAAUUGCAAUGUUUGUCCCAGAAUCAUCGUCGAGGCUUCAAAAAUUUACUAGUUGGUUUUUGGGUAGAAGACCCGAGUUUGUUGACCCAAAAGUUGUUGCCCAAAGUGAUGGAAGAGAAGUUACUCGGGUCCGAUCACAGGGUAGUGUCAAAGUCACAUGGAAUAUAAUUACGAGGGAUAUGAAGAAACUUGGUUAUGAUUGUGAGGCUGCUACUGUUGCCAUUCCUUCAUUAUAUGAUCCUACGCCAUCUACAACGACAUCGGUGCGUCCUAGGGACGAAGACAACGAAACAUAGCCGACAAAACAAAAGGGUGGUUCAAAAUAUCUAGUCAAUACAUACGAAAUACUCGUUCUUCAAGAUCAAGACAUUGUCCAAGCUUCGUGAACAAGAAAUCAUUAAGUAUAUGAUCAACUAUCACUCAAACCUAUCGAAGGUUAUUUGAUUAUACGACCGUGAACUGUCUUGAGUUCAACUGCUUUUACCCUACGUAGGUAGACAAAAUUAUCCAAUUUUCUUGAUAGGCAUAAUCUCGCGUAGUUUUUUCGUUGGCGUAGCCAGCCUGCAAGUUUUAGUUCUGCUAUGUAAAUUUCAGAUCAUAAGCAUAAUUCAUUUCUUUACCAAUCUAUUGUCUAUUGUUUUUUUUCAUAUGAAAGAAUAUCAUAUUCUUUCUUGUCUAAUUCAUUGAAUCUCUAAUUCAUCUGAAUGUCUAAUUCAUUUCUUUACCAAUCUAUUGUCUAUUGUUUUUUUUAUAUGAAAGAAUGAUCAUAUAUCUACAUUUAGUUUUUUUUAUAGUAAGUGAACACGGUAAAAUUAACAUAGCAGGACAACGCAAAUAAAAGGGCUGGCUACGCCGUGAUUUCAUAUUAUUUAUAAUCAUACAAUUAUUUAUUGCAAAAUCUAUAUAACAGUAAUAGGAAA